AUGGUGAAGCCACUAACAUUCAAGGGCGACAAAAAGGUCAAGAAGCGCAAGCACCGCGACCGCGACCGCGACCGCGAGCCCGACGACGCGGCACGCAAGCGGACAGCAGUGCAGGUGGCCGGCGGCGACGAGACUGUGGCCGACGACGACACAUGGGUCUCGGCCGAAGCCCUAGGAGACGUCUCGGGGCCGGUGCUGAUUGUGCUGCCAGGCACGGGCGACACCAAGCCGGCGGCGCUCGCGUGCGACGCCAACGGCAAGGUGUUUGCCAUGGCGAUUGAGAACAUUGUGGACGGCAACCCGGCGAGCGCCGAGCCGCACGACGUGAGACAGGUCUGGGUGGCGAGCCGCGUGGUGGGCACCGAGCAUUUCCUGUUCAAGGGCCACCACGGCAAGUACCUGGGGUGCGACAAGUACGGGCUGUUUUCGGCGACAUCGAUUGCGGUGUCGCCGCUCGAGUCGUUUGUGCUGGUCGACGCAGCAGCAGCGUCGGCGACCCAAAACAAAGAAACAGAGGCAGCACAAGAGCCCGACGUCUUCCAAAUCAAGACGCUCCGCGACACCUUUUUGUCGGUGCAGCCGCACAAGGGCACAGCGGGUGCCGCCAAAGCCGCCAAAGCCGACGCCGUGUCGGACGUGCGCGGCGACGCGGCUGAGGCCGGCAUCUACACAGGCGUGCGUAUCCGCAUGCAGGCCCGCUUCAAGCCGCGCAUCAAGGCGUCAAAGGAGGAAAAGGCACGCGAAAAGAUCAGCCGACGGGAGCUCGAGACGGCCGCGGGCCGCCGUCUGGAAGACGACGAGGUCAAGCUGCUGAAGCGCGCACGGCGCGACGGCGACUACCACGAGCGGCUACUGGACCUCAAAGUCAAGGGCAAGAGCGACACAUACGCGUGA